AUCGAUUUCUCGGCACCGGUACUCCGUAUUAUUAUUUACUCCAGAUCGUGCCCGGUCUCGCAGCCCUGGCCCAGCGCCAUCAGCCGACUCUUAUUAUCUCCAUCAGUUCCAGAUCGUUGCGUGACAUGAUUCCCGCCGAGAAUCAGCGUCAGCACUCUGAUUGCCCUCCAUGGGACGGUUCACUGGAGACACCAAAGAUCCGGCCGUCAAUGUAUCGACAUGGUUCCUGCUCGUGACUGCUUCGCUGAGCGUCAUAUUCCGGCUGGGGACCAAGUACGGUUCGUUCCGCACGCUCACAAACGAUGACUAUCUUAUAGUUGUAUCGCUGAUCUUCUGUAUCGGCCAAUCCAUCGCUGUAUCGAUGGCCGUCGCAAACGGAUAUGGAUACCACUACUCCACGCUUACCCCGGAGCGCUUCGACAACAUGAUGAAGUCGCAAUACGCCGCCGCUCUCCUUUACAUCCCUAGUCUCUAUUUCUCGAAAAUCUCCCUUUCAUGCUUCAUCCGCAACCUGACGCCGACAGCCAAAGACCACCGUGUCGCCAACUUGGUGCAAAUAUCGGUGACCGUGAUGGCCCUAAUAUGUCUACUGGGAACCUCCUUUCAAUGCAGCGUACCGCAGACCUGGAAUUACUACACGGGGAAAUGCAUGAACCUGAUAGCAUGGCACUACUUUACGGGUAUCAUGAACAUUGUGACCGACACCAUGAUCACCUCACAAGCGCUCUACCUAAUCGCGCGCAUUCAAACCUCCUGGAAACGCAAGUUCGUGUUCGCUAGUAUUUUUCUAUCUCGAGUUCUAGUGAUCCUAGUCAGCAUCGUCGAACUCAUCUUAGUCUCCCAAAAUGACGCAACACACGACCCUUCCUUCUCCACCUGGGGCGUAACCAUCAGCGUGGAAACGAUUCAAUGUCUCAGUAUCGUGACAGCCUGCUGGGCGCAGCUUAAACCCUUCUUGAAUAUGCUCAAAUCGAACGGCCUCCGGAUCCAAGGCGUGGACUACCGAUCGACGAAUAACCGAUCGAAAUGGUCGACGACACGGUCGGCGAAUCCCACGGAGAGCAAGUUCACACGCAGCGGCGAGCACGAGUUGAUGGGAAUGGGGGCUGGACAGGGGAAUAUCACGACUGUGUCUGCAGCGAGAUUGUCGGAUGAGGAUAGUCAGUCCAGUCAGGCGGGGAUUAUUCGGGAGGUGAGGACGUGGGUGGUUAGUGAGGAGGUGGAGUCAUGAUUAUACCCUUCUUUUGUCUUUUUCCUUGUCCUUUUGCUUUUGACAACGUUCGAUACAUAUUCCCCUUUGUUCUGAUUGUGAAUCAGAGAGCUGCAAUAAUACUGGAUUGAAUCUGUGGAUUUGAUUUGGACUUCAUGUACAUUAUUAC